CGCUGCUCUUUGUACAGUGUGCUCUCAGGUUAGUCUCUGGGUGAGCUGUGGGGACUCCCUGUCGGAGGAGCUGACGGAAUGGACGGACAGUAAACCCACUCAUCUCUCUCUCUCUGCUACUCUCAUUUUCCGCCAAAGGCUCGUUCAUCUCCACUGUGUUUAGCCACGGACCAGUCUCUCUAGGAAACCCCGGGGACACCUGUCGCGUUUCAGGCUUCAGCGAUGAGAGGACGAUGGAGCUCACAUUCCAUGCCUAUAUUGGUCUGUUUGAUCAUACUGUGGCAGACACGGUCACAAGCAGAUUCCAAUUCAACACGUAACUUCAAAGACAUCACCACCUUCACCAAGAUCCUGGACAGUCUGCUGGAUGGAUAUGACAACAGACUGAGACCUGGCCUGGGAGACCGAGUAACGGAGGUGAAGACUGACAUCUAUGUGACCAGUUUUGGUCCAGUGUCUGACACAGAUAUGGAGUACACUGUUGAUGUUUUCUUCCGUCAGAGCUGGAAGGAUGAGCGAUUGAAAUUCCAUGGACCAAUGAACAUUCUGCCUCUCAACAAUCUGAUGGCCAGUAAGAUCUGGACCCCUGACACCUUCUUCCAUAACGGCAAGAAAUCUGUUGCUCACAACAUGACCAUGCCUAACAAGCUGCUGAGGAUCAUGGAGGAUGGAACAUUGCUCUAUACUAUGAGGCUAACAGUUCAAGCUGAGUGUCCAAUGCACCUUGAAGACUUUCCCAUGGACUCUCACUCAUGUCCUCUCAAGUUUGGCAGCUAUGCCUACACCAAGACAGAGGUUACUUACAUCUGGACUCGUAAUGCCUCCCAGUCAGUGGACGUGGCAGCUGAUGGAUCCAGACUCAACCAGUACGACCUGGUGGGGCAGUCUGUGGGGAAGGAGACCAUUAAAUCCAGCACUGGUGAAUACACAGUGAUGACUGCUCACUUCCAUCUGAAGAGGAAGAUCGGCUACUUUGUGAUCCAGACAUAUCUGCCCUGUAUCAUGACUGUCAUCCUCUCCCAGGUCUCCUUCUGGCUCAACCGAGAGUCAGUGCCAGCCAGAACUGUCUUUGGUGUAACUACAGUUCUCACAAUGACAACCCUGAGUAUCAGUGCCCGUAAUUCACUGCCUAAGGUGGCCUAUGCUACAGCUAUGGACUGGUUCAUUGCUGUCUGCUAUGCCUUCGUCUUCUCGGCACUUAUUGAAUUUGCCACCGUCAACUACUUCACCAAGCGAGGCUGGGCCUGGGAUGGAAAGAGUGUCGUCAAUGACAAGAAAAAGGAAGCGUCAAUAAUGAAGAAGAAUAAUGCCUAUGCUGUAGCUGUGGCUAACUACGCUCCCAACAUCACCAAAGACUCCACGCUGCCCACCAUCUCCAAGUGUGCCCUGAGCGAUCCAAACAAGACCACAUCGGAGACGAAGCCCGAACAGAACAAGAAAACCUUUAACAGCGUCAGCAAAAUCGACCGUAUUUCCCGCAUCAUGUUCCCCGUGUUGUUUGGGAGCUUUAAUCUGGUCUACUGGGCUACCUACCUGAACAGAGAGCCAGUCAUUAAAGACCUGAACCCUUCCAAAUGAACUGUAGUGACGAGCAGACAAGCACACAGCUCAUUCAGGACUAAAAAACAUCUGGUGGUAUUCGUUUUUAUCAGCCAAAAACUGUUUACAUGCACAGAGAAUUCCCUUCCCUCUUUCCUUACUGAGUACAGUUUUCGAUUGAUGCAGGUAAACAUUAUAACUGAGUUAGAAUAAACCUGAGAGCUCAUAUUACAGGAGUAAGCCAGACAUCUUUACCAAGUUACAGUCAGAUAGGAUACUUUUAGUUAAAGCUGCACAAACAGAGAGAAGCAAACCUUAGAUCUUAAAAAACAUUGAAUUGCAUUCCAAAAAUUAUAUUUUCUUUAAUUAUGGCUUCCAAAUAUAAUAAUUAUGAUAGAAAAGGCUAAUAUUCAAAAACAAUACAGCAAAAACUAGAAAAUUAUCACUGUUUAAAGCUGCACUAAAAAGUGUUUUUAUAUUAACAAUGGAUCAACUGACUGGUGUGUUACAAACAGCAGACAGACACAGUUAGAGAAUAGCUGGUGAACAUAGCCUCCUAAGAUACGAACUUUUGCUUGGUAUGUAUUUUUAAUUUCUCCUAGCUAUUUGGGAUUAGUGGGACCUGAUAAGUAAAAUGUCCUCAAUGGCCUCAAACUGAACAAUAAUAAAGUCCCAAUGUCUUCAAGCAAGUAUUUCAUAAUUAACAGUGUGUUAGCUUGUUACUGUUGCUCAAAUUUGUAGCUGUAUCACACUACAGACAUCAUUAAUGAUAACUAAACAAGUUUUAACCAUAAAAUGUGAUCAGGUUUUGGACCUUGUCUACUUUUGUGUCUGGGUCGGCUGCAGACUGACUUGGCAGAGAUGGCUGCCAUAUUGUUUUUACAUGGAUUAGUGUAUUGUGCUCUUACUACCACUAGAUGGCACAAAAAUGUGCAUGAACGAGGACAACAGGUCUAGGUUAAGCAGAAUCAAGUAUAAGGUCAAGUGAGAAGGACACAGGGUCUCAGGAGGAUAGUCGAGCAUUUAGCAGCUCAAGAGACAGAUUUUUCCAUUAGUUGGUGGAGACCAAACCAGAGCUAAAAGGUGAGUAACUAUUGGACCUGCUAUUUGUGUAAAUAUGCAAUUGUUUCACAAUAUAUUUAGUUUGUGUUUUCAGCUUAUUUUUCUGCCCUCAAGCGGGGCAGCUGAGUUUGCAGGAAGCUGUCUGCUUCUGUCUCCCUAGAAGGUGGUCACAUUAAAAUGCUUACCACAUCAGACUAUUAGCAAAAUGAUGGUUGAUGCAUUUAAAGAAUCUUUGUUUAAAUUUGUGAACUUCAUGUAAAGCACAUAAGUAGAAUACUGGAGACAGGUAGCUGAACAUGGAGGCCUCUAGUUUCGCAGACCGGGCGAGGUGGGGGCGCAGCACACCUGCGCUUCACCAACUGGGUGUGGCCAGGUGGAUUUUGUAAUUUUGGCACACUGUGUGCGCGUGGCGCAACUAAUCCUCUUUCCCACCUCCGUCCCUCCUACCUGCUCAAGUCGGAAAGAGGGAGGAGAGAAGGCAUGGAGUGGGUUUUACACACAUCACACCAAUCAAAUGAGCCCCUCUCCUCGCCCUUAAAUGCGCCGUGCGAAGGUGUAAUGAGAGUUUACUCAAGUCGCCAUGGCAGAAGAGAGCAGCAGCGUCAGACGGCCAAACUUCUCCCAGGAGGAAACUGAUGUUUUGGUCCGGCAGAUCCAAGCUCGCAGUGUCCGAAUAUACGGAACUGCGAGCAGACCUCCACGGGCUGAUGAUGCAAAGGUAGCCUGGGAGGAGGUCACCACAAUUGUAAAUCAAUGUUGCGUUUCUCUCGUGCGUGCGCUCUCUCCUUCUCCCUCACAGUCUCACUCUGUUUCUUUUCUUUUGACUUUUCUAAGAUGACAGAUGCUGAAUAUAUACUCCCUAUCUGAUGCUGUGGCUGUUUGUGGUUGGCUGAGAGGGAUGUGAACUCAUUAGUUUGCAGCUGUGUUAAUCAAAUCAGGUUGGGUUUCCAUUACACGUGCCAAACGGUGCCAAUCCCCUUUGAUCUGACAUCAGAUGUGACGGGACAGUCGAUAUAGAGAUACAUUAUGUGCUGAUUGCAGAUAGUUGCAUUGAAUAGUGUUUUUGUGGGUAUUUAUUGCAUUGUGAAUGUGCCUGAUAUUCUGGAAACCUGCCUGUGAGGUUUUGGUGACGUGUGCGCACUGUCCGCCGGUCAGCCAAACUUCGGCUUACACCGGCUAUGCUCCGCUCUGACAGUAGACCUGGUUUCAGCUGGCGAGCUUUUAGCACACCUUCGGCGAAGCCUUUUGGCACGAAACUGUCACUGCGCCAAGCUGGAUCUGUCGACACCUCCCCCUGCUGCGCCGCCACACCCAUCUCAGCGCACCUCGGUCUGCCAAACUACCAAACUGAGCGCGCCUCGGGUUGCGCUGCUCGAAACUUGCUCUGCGCGGGUUUCGCCACCCUGCGCCACCCUGCGCCACCCUGCACCGCGCCGGGAAACUAGAGUCUCAUUCACCGGUCAUCAAACACUGACGAUCUUGGCUUAAUAGUCUGACCAACCACCAACCUAGGGCUUCGGUAUUUAAUGAGACUCAACAAUCAAUUGUCUUUCUCCAUAGGUACAUACUGCACCUUUGAAUCUAAUAAUCUCUUACUAGAAUAAUGGUGAAAUAGUGUUUUGUAUUGCCUAGAUUUUUGUGCAAGAAAUCUUGUCAUGUACAUUGUGACUACCCUACUGACAGAAUUAUUUAUGUAUUUAUUUUUGUAUUAUUAUUAUUUACAAAAUUAUUUUCAAUUAUGAUUUUGACUUCCAUUGGUUAUAAAAAAAACAAGAUAAUCAAGAUAAAAUGAUUAAUGCACCACAUUCUGUUCUGCAAUGUCGCAGUGUUAAAAAUUCAGCGCAACAUUCUUCUUUACAGCGGUGUGCUUACACCCCUCCCUAAAAGCCCACACUCACUCAGCCAGGCUGUGGCAUGUUUAGUUUAGCUCGAACCAAGUUGGCAGAAAGAUUGCCUUUAGUCAAUGAGUAAUCAUAUUCAAUAAUUGUGAUGUAUUGACCAAAAUAAUUGUGAUUAGGAUUUUUGCCAUGAUCUAGCAGUCCUAGUACUACAAUUAAAAGGUCUUAAUGUUGUAAGAAUAGCAAAAUAUUUUAAUCUAUACAGAGAGUUCCAAAUCUAUUUGUCAUUACAUUGUUUAAUUUGUCAGUGCCUGAGAGCAUGUCCCCGCCACCUGCCAAAAAAGACUCCUGGAUUAAGGUGACAAAACAAGCUCCACUUUUUCUGGAGCUUUCAAAGAUAUCACACAGUCUUCAUUAGCAGAUAAGGUUUGCUCAGUUUCCUGCAUCUGUGAUGUUCGAACCUUUCAUUAUUCUGAGCACUUGUAUACAGGCUUCCUGCGGAUCCUUACAAAGUCUUAGAAGGCACUGAACUGAUCAAAAAAAGAAUGAAUAAAAAUAAGGGCUUAAUGGGUAUUAAAAUCUGAAAUCAUUAUUUCAGAAGCCUUAAAGCUGCUGACAUGGAAAGCAAGACUUCAUGGAUAUUUUUUCAGACAUUGCAUUGUAAAAUAUCUAAAAUGAUUUGUUGCAUCUUUUUUUGUAUUGCCUAACACCUGAAGUCAUUUCGUGUUUUCUUGUUUUGUCCUUGUUUUGUUGUAUAAUUGGUAUUAAAUUUCAUUCCAAGUAGCAUUAACAAGGUUUUUAAAAGUCUUAAAUCUAACUUGCCUAAUGAUUUAGGAAUCCUGUGUAUGACUUCCUAUUCAUGUUGAAUUUAAAGUAAAUGACCUGUCAAGCCCUACAUGGUUGGGAUAAUGGAAAGAGGAAGGUCAUGGCAAAUAAAGUAUUGUUGCGGGUUAGCGACUAAUUUUAUAACAAAUGUGCUGCAUUUCAAGCACUAUUCUAGAUCAGCUGGAUUGAGGGUGUUAUGAAAAUGAAGAAUGCAUCAAGAACAGUCUUACUGAGUGGAGCCUAUAUUAAUAAAUGAGAGAACAAUCAUAAUAAUUAGGGGUGGACUUAACCAUUAGGCCCCAACUAAAGUACCCAAACAAUUAUGGAUCUGUAAGGAUGUUUAGAUAUAAAUAAUACUGAAUCAUGUUACGAUUCUGAAUCACUGUAACCUAAAACCGAAAUAACAUACAAAGGACCUCACUACAGAGGAAAAGACUGUACCACUACAUUUACCUAAAAAAAAAUGACAGUUACUGGUUACAGUACGUUGAAGAUCUAGAUUUUCACUCACAAAAUAUUAAAGUUAAAAUAUGAUGCAUUAUUAUUUAUUGAACUAUCCAGCAUUAUAAAAUAAUUAAAAGCUCCACUUUCAAGUAAAUUUAAACAUAUUGUGCUAAUAAUACCUCUCCUGACUGCAGGACUUUUACUCUGACAUUUACUGUGUGCUAUUAAUGGUUUUACAUAAGAAAAGGUUUUGUGUACAUCUUCAGAUGCCACAGCCUAGCAACAAUCUCAAUUAAAAAGAUGGUGAAAAUAAAGCAAGGCAGUUUGUCUGGGACCCCAGGCCCCCAAAUCACUAAAUGCACCCCUGUUAAUAAUAAUGAAAGCACAGCGCAGAAAGAUGAAAGGAGAGACAGAGUGAAGUUUCCUCGUAUUUAUAAAUAAUUUCAUCCAAACUCUUAACUAAAACUGAAACUAAAACAAAGUAAUCUGUGAAAGUCUGAAGAAGUCACUUUGAAUCAAUCGAUUGACCAGCUGUGUGAUCAGGCAUCAGGAUGGUCCAAAAAUGUGUUAUUACUUUUAUUAGGCCUACUUGUUUUUGUCAGUUGCUGAAAGUAGUAAAAUUAUUAUUGAUAUGAGCUGCUUAAUUCUCAUCACUGAUUGUGGGGACUGUAUGAUGAUUGUUAUUUUAAAGAGAAAAAAAGUGGCAUAGCAAAACCAUAGCUUUGCUCCCUCUAAUUGUAUAAUGGGGACGCUCCAUUGCUUAGGCGCCUAUGUUCCUAUUUACAGUGCAAGAAGAAAUGAACACUCCAUCCGGCUAUGAUAUAAAUACAUUGUUUUGGGUUGUAUUAACCAAAAACUAAUGCUGUCAUACUGUAUUUCCUGGACAAAACACUAACAGCUGGCAGGAAGUGAAUGUAAAAAAUGUAAUUUGUCUAUAAAUCAACAGCAAUAAUAGUGACUAUCUGAGGAUCCUUUUCUCCUAAAUUUGUGACGGUUUUCUCAGAAUAGUGAGGUGUAAUACUGAUGGGUUGUGGAAGCCAUAAUUACAAGAAAAUGUCUCUAAAUUUUAUUUUAACUCGUCACACAUUUGAAUCUUAACUAAUAGUUUUGUCAAUGAUGAACUUGUAGCAGUACUGUUGCUUCAUCAUCUGAAUGCUAAACAUGAACUGAAACCUCCCCACUUUUAUCUGAAUGCUCCUCAGUCUGUCACAUUAACAUCUAUGCCACAUUAGACAAUUUGCUGUGAACUUAUUCCACACUACAGCUUCACCACUAUCAGAGCCAGGGCUAAAUGAUGCGCUGCUGCUCACUCUGUAGCUUUUGUACAGCUUUUUAAACUUUUAUCUUCCCCACAUGGACUGUGUCACACUGUGUAAGAUGAUUCUGACUGGGUACUGAUGUGUGAGAAUAGGUCUCUGUGUGUAUGAAACAUGUACGUACUCAAACAUUUUUUAAAGUGUCUGUGUUUAUUUAAAUGUAUUUUUGUUUUAUUGUAAUCUUUUUAUAUGAAAUGUAGCAGGAGCACAGGACCUACACACAUUUAAUAAUCUCAACAUAAAGAAGAUAACGCUGUGUCAGUAAUACUGCAUUCAUUGAACUACAAGCCCCUCCGUCACUUAGUCUUUAUGUGUGAACGUUUUUGAUAUAUAUAUAUAUAUUUAUAUGUACAGUAUAUAAACCCUGUCUUUUCUUUGACCCACUUUUCCACCUAGAUAUAUUUUAAAUAAUUGUUUUAGAUAUCAAUAUCUUUUCCAUCUUGAACACUUGACUGUGUGUUUCUUUAAAUGUCGGAGUGUAGAAGCUCUUUCUGAU